AUGCUUAAAAACACUCUAAUAAUUGCCUUAGUAAUAGUAAUCAUUUACCUUUAUUACCAAAAGCAAAAUAAUCUAGCCAGUUUUACCAACUCUACCGGCAAUUUUGCCGAAAUAGAAGAAGUAAAAAAAGUAAAUAAAAUCUUUGCUGAUUUUUGCCGCAAUGAAAUUGGCGGUAAAGAUAUCCAAGAAAUUCGCACUAAAUUAAAUGGUCGCCAACUAACUGAUAUAUUAGAAGAAAAUGAAGAUUACGAAACCGAAAAAGAUGAACUAACCAGAAAAAAAGGGGAAUUAGAAGCCGAAAUCACUCUACUGACUAAUUCUCGCAAGAAUCAAAUCCAAGAAAAAGAGCGAAUAAUUACUCGCCUGAAAGAAGAAAAAAGCGAGUUAGAAAAAAAAUAUAAAAAAAAAGCCCGCGAUUUAGAUACGGAACAGUUAGAAAAUAAUAAAUUAACUGAAAAAAUAACUAGUUUAGAAGAACAGAUUAAGCAAUUAAAAGCAGAUACUCCCUUGCCGGAUAACUGA